AUGGCAAAAUCAGAUAUGGAUAAAGACAUCGAACAAAGAAAGGACGUCGCGGCGAUGAUCGCUACCGCCUCUGUCGAGGAUAUCAAUGCUGAAGCACGUGUAGCUGCCGACAAGGAGCAUUCUCACACUUUCUUCGAAGCUAUACGAUUGUACCCCGCUGCUGUUGGAUGGUCCUUGUACUUCUCUUUGGGAGUGAUCAUGUGUGCCUUUGAUCCGCAACUGCUAGGGCAGCUUUACGCGACCCCAGCCUUCCAGAAGGAUUUUGGAUAUCUUUUCGAGGACGGGUACAUCAUCUCAGCACCAUGGCAGACAGGCCUAUCGAUGGGCAGCCCGAUCGGUCAAGUGGUUGGUGCCUUCUUUUGCGCCUACCCCAUGGAGCAUUUUGGCCGCAAAAAGACGUUUGGGUCUUGCGUAAUCCUCACUACUGGAUUCAUUUUCAUUCAGUUCUUCGCCAGAUCGCUUCCUGUUCUCCUUGCUGGUGAGCUGCUCGGAGGGCUUGUACUUGGAUGCUACGCUGUCAUUGCCCCAGCGUAUGCCUCCGAGGUCUGCCCGCUGGCUCUUCGAGGGGUUCUUACCAGCUGCGUAAAUAUUGCAUUCGUUACUGGUCAGCUGUUGGCUAACGGAGUUAUUGCUGGAACUCACGUAUUGGACAAUCAUUGGGCCUAUAGCUUGCCAUUUGCGGUGCAAUGGGUUUGGCCGUUGGUGAUCCUAAUCGGUCUGCCAUUCGCUCCAGAGAGGCAAAAUAGGCUAACAAGAUAUAGUCCAUGGUGGCUUCAGAGGCAAGGCCGAUUUGAAGAUGCCGAGAAGUCAUUAAAGCGACUUGCCUCACCAAAAGUUGACAUCAAGCCUACGCUUGCUAUGAUCAUUGAGACUGAUCGCAUAGAAAGAGAGAUGGAAGCCGGAGCAACCUAUGCAGAUUGUUUCAAGAAGAUCAAUCGUCGCCGAACAGAAAUCGCCAUUGGUGUCUACACUAUCCAGGUUCUCAGCGGGAUCUACUUGGUAGGCUAUGCAACAUACUUCUUCCAACUUGCAGGACUUCCCACCGACCAGGCGUUCAACAUGGGAGUUGGGUUCCUUGCCAUUGGAUUUGUUGGAACUUGCUUUUCAUGGGUGCUUCUAAUCCAUUUUGGUCGCCGACGGAUAUAUAAUGUUGGACUGGCUACGUUGGCCGUGCUUCAGCUCAUCAUCGGCAUUCUCGAUUGUGCCCCGAAUUACGACAACAGACCCUCUAUAACCUGGGCACAGAGUGUCCUCAUGCUCAUAUGGAAUUUCGUAUACGACUGGUCAAUUGGACCUGUUUGCUUCGUCUUAAUCAGCGAAGUGUCGGCGACACGUGUUCGCUCGAAGACAAUCGCGUUAGCAACGGCCGUUCAGGCCGGGGCCGGUAUUGUCAUGACGGUAGCUAUUCCAUAUAUGAUAAACCCAGACCAGGCAAACAUGCGUGGAAAGCUGGGAUUCUUCUUCGGAGGGCUUGCAGCAGUGUGCCUAGCAUGGUCUUGGCUCAGAGUACCAGAGUUAAAGGGGAGAACUUAUAAAGAAGUGGACCUGAUGUUUGAGCGUGGACUAAAAGCCAGGGAAUUCAAGAAGUAUGAUAUCAACGGAUAA